UUAACUUACCUUUUCCAGAGGUGCCUGUGUGUUCGUGAACUGGGGCAGCUCCUAAUAUUUAAAGAGAUGAUAGGAAUCAAAUGUAUACAUACAGUACAGACAUAAACAAGUGAAACUGGAUAACAUCUCACUUGAUCCGCAUAUCUUCUUAAACAACCAAGAAGCACAGUUUGUUUGACUUUGUAACUUCUUUGGAGAACACAGUGAUUCUGAGGCCGACAUGGCUUUAGCGGGGCUGGAGUUGAUGGGAUUCUUUUUGGGCAUCUUUGGCAUGCUUGGGACCCUGGUAGCCACUCUUCUACCCUACUGGGAAAUCUCGGCACACAUCGGUUCCAACAUCGUGACUGCGGUAGUCAAUAUGAAAGGUCUCUGGAUGGAGUGCGUGUAUCAGAGCACCGGCGCCUUUCAAUGCGAGACGUACAACACAAUGCUCGGGCUCACCCCUGAUCUACAAGCGGCCAGGGCUAUGAUGGUCAUCUCUUCAAUCUUUUCCCUCUUGGCUUGCAUGGUGUCAACUAUCGGGAUGCAGUGUACUACAUGUAUGAGCGGUUCUUCGGCUAAAACCAAAGCGGCGGGGGUAGGUGGUUCCCUGUUUCUCCUGGCAGGGCUUUUGUCUUUGAUCCCUAUAUCUUGGAAGACCCAUGAGGUGGUCCAGACCUUCCACAUGAGCAACAUUCCAGACAGUCUUAAGUUUGAAAUAGGUGACUGUCUGUAUAUUGGAUUGGCUUCUUCGCUUAUAUCCAUGUUGGGUGGUGGACUGUUGAGUGCAUCUUGUUGCGAUGACUUAGACAGUAGCAGGGGUACCAGGCAUCCUUACCCCUACCCUGACCAAAAAGGCGUUGGGCGCGUGCCACAUGCAGCAUCCCAUUCGAUGUCCUUUCGUCCAGCUACGUUACAAACCAAAAACCAUGUCCCUGCCAACAUGACCCAAACCCUUAAUAGCCAAAACAGCACCAGUACCCAUUCAUCUGUGCCAGCCCAGGAUUCAAGGAAAUCAACUCAGCAAAACACAGCUGCCAGAUAUGAUGUCACAGGCUAUGUCUGAGGAUUUAUGUGAUACUGCUUGUACUUUUUUUUGUCUCAAACAAAAACAGACUACUAUAAAAGCAAAAUUGUUUUGGCACAAGAAUAACAGACACGUAACUAAAGCGUAAGUGAACUGAAAACAUGAUGUCACAUAUGUUUAUUUCGUAGUUUAUUUAGGGACAAAAUUUAGAUUUUUUUGGAGGUUUAAAAUUAACACAAAGAUGUUUUUUUUAAAGACACCAAUCAAUAUGUUUGGGCAAAAUGUAUGGGAGGCGUUUUGUCCUCUUUGCAAACAUUUCACAAUGAACUCUAUCUGGGUCAGUCCUAUAAUAAGCCGUGCACUUAAACAUAAACUCUUUUUGUAUGUAGAAAAACAUUAUUUGUUAUUUUAUUUUGUACAUUUACUGUUAUUGUGUUUAUUUUGUCAGAUUAUUGUGUGUUAAUUCUGUCGAUUAUGGUAUAAUUUACAACAUUUUAUAAAUAAACAUUUGGGCACGAUUUAUGAUAUGCA